AUGAACGAAGAGCCCCAAGCAUUUACGCUUGAAGCAUUGCAGCCCUUUCCCCUUGAGAAAAGCUUGCAGAGUUUGCCCCAGCAGUUUCGAGACGAAUUCGCCUCGCUGUAUGAGCUCGUAAAAGGCUAUGUGAGGAAUCUUAAACUGUACCAAGACUUAGAGAAGCAACUCAGGGAUGCUGUGAACGAUACAAUCAGUACUAUCAACUCAAUAAUCAGGCUACUUGAAGAGUACGAAAGUCACGCGGCCAUAAUUUCGGAAAAGGCCGAGCGCUUGGACCGUCUUUACAAGGAUUUUCUCACACUAGAGACGUUACAGUAUCAGCUUCUCAGCUCAAAUUUCGACCAGACUUUCCUUAAGGCAAAGUUCAGAAAUCUAGUCGCUUCAAGUGACAUGAAGUCGGGCGAGAUUAUCGGCUCAUAUAAGGAGAAUGGAGGCGACAUGACACAGUUUCUCCUCGAUUUCAAGAACUCGCGCAAAUUGUAUCAUGCCCGUAGGGAAAAGCUCCACCGGUGGGACGAAGAGCGAGUUAGCGGAUUUUUAUGA